AUGUUUUGCUCCUCCUUUGGACAUCGGCAUCGGCAGCUUGCAGAUCUGCCAAUGGCGCUACGAGUGCAACACCAGCGGCCGAUUCUGGUGGUUGCCGAUACAUCGGUAGAGGAGAUGGUGGUGUUUUUGAAGGAGUCAUUCUCGGAGUUGUUGGAGGAGAACACGUGGAUGGAUAAUGUGACCAAAGAGCGAGCCAAGGAGAAGGUAGAUGGCAUGAUGAAUCUGGUCGCUUAUCCGGAUUGGCUCCUGUCCGCCGGAGAACCCAACGAAACAGCACUUGAAGAAUACUACGGACGGGUGGUGGUAAGAGAUGGUCGCCAUUACGAGAAUGUGCGGAAUUUCCUGACGGAGAAUGUGAUCCAAGACCUGGAGAGGAUGGGAAAGGGCGUCGACAGACACCGCUGGAUAACGACCCCUUCGGUUGUGAAUGCUUUCUAUGCUCCAACCCUCAACUCCAUAGUUUUCCCAGCGGGGUUUCUUCAACCUCCUUUCUACAUGCUCGGGGAUGGCCUUGCGGCGCUGAACUAUGGUGCAAUUGGAAUGGUUAUCGGACACGAGAUCACGCACGGAUUCGACGAUAUCGGUGGGUGA